AUGGCUGAAACAUCAGAAAUUGAUUUUGCCUCAUUGGAACCGACACUGCUCGACCGAAUCUCCACAAGAACAUAUGGCACGGUAUAUCCAACAGCUGACCAAGUGACUGCAAUCAACACAUUCAUCGCCAAAAUCAACUCGAUGAAUGCCCCAUACAACAAGCCAUGCAAAUUUGCACUUCAGAUGGAAGAUUUCAGUUCAUUCCGUACGUUUGGGUUCAUCACAGGCUCGAAGUAUUGGAUUUUCGGUGUGACGGGGAAAAAUGACCGGAAUAGCGACUUGUCGUAUGGGUAUCUGAUGCACCUGAUCAUACUGGAAUGCACCCGCCUCGGCCUCAAGACGGUGUGGUUGGGUGGGACAUUCACGACGUCCGUCUUCACUGCAAUUCAGUACAACUCGUCGACUGAUUACAUUCCAUGUGUCUCUCCAGUUGGAAACAGUGGCAAUGGAAGUGAACUCAUAUCGAAAAUGGCGGGCUCGCGAAAGAGAAAAGAGUUGAGUGAAAUCAUUUACAUUGGAAAUGCAGAGACUAAAUACAGCAAGGAGAACGCACCAGAGAAGUUCACUCUCAAAAUACUUGAGGAGAUCAGAUUUGCGCCAAGUGCUUCGAACAAACAGGAGUGGAGAAUUGUUAUCAGCGAGAACAAAAUGCACUUCUUUGGAAUCAAAGGAAGUUGGACAGCACUCGACAUGGGCAUCUGCACCGCACAGGCACAAGUCGCGUUGGCUGGAAAUAAAGUCGAAGGAAAGUUUGAAAUUGAAAAGCCAGAGAUUGGUGUGCCUGGUGACUGGGAGUACUUCAUCACAUUCACAGCAACUAACUGA